AGAUUUCCCAACUCUCAUAAACCUAUAUAAAGUGCCGUACUUGUCAAGAAAAGCAGAGAGCUUUCAUUAUACCCCAAAACUUAGCAAUUCGCUUCUCAAAAGAUUUUUUAGUUCAAAACUUUGUGAUCAUAGACAUGGACCGUGGCAAUGAGAGAUUUGAACAAUGUUAUCGAUGUUACUCUGUCUCUUUCAUUAAUAAGGCACAUCUAGAGAAAGGAGAUAAAGUUAUUAUGCCUCCCUCAGCUCUUGAUCGCCUUGCAUCUUUGCAUGUUGAUUUCCCAUUGCUAUUCGAGUUGACAAAUGCUCCUGUGGGGCGAGUUUCUCAUUGCGGGGUUCUAGAGUUUGUUGCAGAUGAGGGCCUGAUGUACUUACCACACUGGAUGAUGGAGAACUUGCUCCUUGAAGAGGGAGAUAUUUUACUGGUGAAGAGUGCUAGCUUAGCAAAGGCAACCUAUGUGAAGCUGCAACCACACACUAUGGACUUUUUGGACAUCUCCAACCCCAAAGCAAUCUUGGAAAUUACGCUGAGGAGUUACUCUUGCUUAACCGUCGGUGACACUAUCAUGGUCCCCUAUAACGAUAAGAAGUAUUAUAUUGAUAUAGUUGAAGCGAAACCUUCCCCUGCAGUCAGUGUAAUUGAAACUGAUUGUGAAGUGGACUUUGCACCUCCUCUUGAUUAUAAAGAAUUUGAAAAGCCAGCUCCCUCUCUACACUCAAACAAGAGGCCACUUGAAGUUGAAGAAGAGCUGCCAAGAAAAAUCAAGUUCGUCCCUUUCAGCGGUUCAGCAAGGCGCUUAGAUGGCGAACUGGCUGCAAUGCCUGUCUCUCCUUUGCUUAAACAAAAUUCAGAUGUUGGUAAUGAAACUGUUGCUUCCGGAAGCUAUACUUCACGUCAACAGGCUAGAAAGCUUGGGUUCGGUUCGAAUGGGAAUCGUCAACAGGCUGGGAAGCUUAUGUUCGGUCGAAUGGAAAUCGGCCCCAAAAUAAAACAACAAUAGUUGCCAUGAAGAAUAGCAGUCAAGAACCAAGGGGAGAGAAACAACCAGUUCAAGCCUUCACUGGGAAAAAGUAUUCACUGAUGGGAUGACUGCAUUCAAACUUUUAACUUGAUAUAUAUAUUUACUUAGACCCUUCGCUUAAAAAGGGCCCAAAAACUUAUGUAGGGUAUAAUUAAGAUAAGGUUUUGAUUGUUCCUUUUUACUUAGACCGGUAGGACGAAGACGAAACUGUGUUUAUUGUACAACCAAAUGAUAGGAUGGGAGCAAUAUUAUUUUAUUAUUACGUUUUUUUA